AUGACAUCGGCUCAGGAAGAAAAAGCCAUUUUGGCUCAGAAAUUAAACCAGCCUCCUGCUGGCACUACACAGACUGACUAUGCGGCCGAAGCACUCGUCACAGAUGGCUACAUGAUCCAGGAUUUGGUGCCUCCCGACGAGGAGCCGCCAGCCUAUGGCGACCUACACGACCAAAUGCAGUUUUCCCAGCCGGGGGUUGAAGCUGGCGCUGUGGUAAACGACGUUGGUCGUGUUAGCAUCUCCAUCAAUACCAAGAACAGGUUGCUCGCCGACCUUCUGGCGCCGACUUUUCGCGCCCAGGAGAGAGCCUAUUCCUCACCUGCACUCCCCCCAGCUUACAUCCCGCCAAGUCUCGGCGGCCAGCCAGGCCAACCUCGUCCCCCGCGGAUGAACGUUGUUGUCCAGAUCGUGGGAUCUCGCGGUGAUGUCCAGCCCUUUGUGGCGUUGGGGAAGGUGUUGAAGAAUACCUACGGUCACCGAGUUCGUAUCGCGACCCACCCCAACUUCCAGUCGUUUGUGGAAGAGAAUGGCUUGGAAUUCUUCAGUAUUGGCGGGGACCCGGCCGAGCUCAUGGCUUUCAUGGUGAAGCACCCAGGGCUGAUGCCAGGAUUUGGCGCGAUCAAGAGCGGCGAGGUUACGAAACGUCGGAAAGGAAUUGCGGAGAUGCUUCUUGGUUGUUGGAGAUCAUGCUUCGAAGCUGGUGAUGGACUUGGUCCAGCAGUGCCUCCCCAUCGAGACGAACCAUUGGAUUUUUCACAAGGAUUGCCUUAUGAUGACGGCCGGGAUCAUUUUGUCGCAGAUGCCAUCAUUGCUAAUCCUCCGAGUUUUGCACACGUUCAUAUUGCGGAGAAGCUUGGUAUCCCACUCCACAUGAUGUUUACCAUGCCUUGGUCACCGACUAGAGCAUUCCCACAUCCUUUGGCCGAUAUCAAAUCGUCCAAUGCCGACGAAGUCCUCACACAGUAUCUCUCAUAUGCCCUCGUCGAAAUGAUGACUUGGCAGGGCCUGGGAGAUGUCAUCAACAGAUUCAGAGAAAAGGCACUGGACCUGCCCCCACUCUCAAUGAUCUGGGCUCCGGGUCUUUUGAACAGAUUAAAGAUACCAUAUACAUACUGCUGGUCACCAUCCCUGAUACCAAAACCCAACGAUUGGGGUAAACAUAUUGACAUCUCAGGUUUCUACUUCCUUGAUCUCGCGACGAAUUUCACACCCGACCCCGAACUCGCCGCUUUCUUAGCAGCUGGCCCGCCGCCAGUUUAUAUUGGGUUCGGCUCCAUUGUUGUUGACGACCCGAAUGCGCUGACGCAAAUGAUCUUCGAAGCUAUUCGCACCACUGGCGUACGAGCUCUGGUAUCGAAAGGCUGGGGCGGUUUAGGAGCCGACGACGUCGGGAUCCCGGAGGGAGUGUACAUGCUGGGCAACGUGCCCCAUGACUGGCUCUUCCAACAUGUCUCCUGUGUUGUCCACCAUGGCGGCGCUGGUACUACAGCCGCAGGCAUCAAGGCUGGCAAGCCAACAUUGGUCGUGCCCUUUUUCGGAGACCAGCCUUUCUGGGGUGCCAUGGUUGCACGGGCUGGAGCCGGCCCUGACCCGAUCCCUUAUAAGCAACUGACUGCACAGAAGCUUGCCGAUUCCAUCUCUUUCUGCAUCCAGCCUGACACCAUCGAGAAGGCGAUGCAAUACGGGGACAAGGUGAGAAACGAGAAGGGUACUGAUGUUGGCGCUCAAUGCUUCCACAACCACUUGGAUGUUGAGUCGCUCCGGUGCUCUCUUGCCCCGAGCCGCACGGCUAUUUGGCGACUUAGAAGGUCUAAAGUUCGGCUCAGUCCACUGGCUGCGGCAACGCUCGUUGAGCAAGGCGCUCUGCAGUAUACUGACCUGAAGCUAUAUCGACCGAAGGAGCACAACACUGACGAUCAACCCCCCGACCCGAUCUCUGCUGCGGCAUGUUCUCUCGUAGCGGAUGCGAGUGGAAUCGGAAUGGCGAUUGCAGACAUGCCUCGUGAGCUGUUCCGGACUCGUCGAAAGGAGUCGGAUGUAUUCGACACGCCGGAGCGACGUGCUUCUCCCGAAGCGACCACGCCCCCGGAGAUCAACAUAUCACCCAGUGCAAAUCAAAGUCAGGAGAAAGGCCUCGGGCUGUACGACGAGAAACAGGGAGACGGGGAAACCAAGUCGUUGAUCACCACUGAAACUGCCUCGACCGCACCUCAACCUAGUGAAUCCCAGGUUUCUCUGCUCGAUAGCGCAUCGCUUCUUACAACCUCUGCGACCACUGUUUCAAACUCGAACGACCGCCCAAGAACACCAGGCUCCCGGGAUAGUAGGCGACAAGGGAUCAGGCGUGACUCAUCUCCCAGGGCGAUUGGGAUGGACGCUGCCGUCGGUGCUGGGAAGAGCGUCGGUAAAAUCGUCACGACCGGAGUCAAGUCCCCGAUGAACUUCUGCCUCGGUCUCGCAAAGGGAUUCAGGAACAUUCCUCACUUGUAUAACGACACGACGGUCAGACCUGUUGAGAAGGUGACGGACAUCCCCACCGGGAUCAAGGUCGCUGGCAAGGAAUUCGGCUACGGCCUCUUUGACGGCAUAUCUGGCCUGGUCACACAGCCUCUCAAAGGCGCAGAGAAGGACGGUGUUGGUGGCUUGGUCAAGGGAGUUGGCAAGGGUAUCGGUGGUUUGGUAACAAAGCCAGCAGCAGGUUUCUGGGGCAUACCGGCCUACACAAUGCAGGGCGUCCAUGCUCAAGUAUCAAAGCUGUUUGCGAGAAGCAGCCAGAACCACAUCGUUUCCGCCAGGAUUAUUCAGAGUCAGCGAGAGUUGAGGAGCUCGACGAUUGAGGAGCGGAACGACAUCAUGGUUCGAUGGGAGGCCGGCGAGUUUGACCUGAAGCGUUUCCACCACUGGCAGAAGUCGGACAGGUCGCAACAGAAAUCUCCAGCUCCUGGCACAUCGCCUUACGCUCAAAGCGGCGGAAUUCCGCGCGGGAACUGGAUCAACUCUAUCAACUCCUUCGUCCCCGGCCUGGAUGAGAAGCUGAGCAAAUUCCCGGUCGACUUGAGUAAGCUCAUGAAGCCCAGCAGCAGCAGCAGCAGCGGGUUCACCUCGCACACUGGCUCAACCGUUUCGCAAACCUCGACAGAUGCCGAGUUUGAGCGCGCCAUCCAGGCAUCUGUGCGGGAGACGUCACGAGGUGAUGCGAGGGAGGAUGCCAUGAUCGAGGCGGCCGUUCGCCAUAGUGUCAUUGCAGUACGCAAAAACGGCGAGCUUCCCGACCCCGUGAUCAAAGCGGCAGACAAGAAUUACUCGAUCUUCGAGGAUAAAGAGUACAAGGUCACGGACGAGGAGUAUCAGGCUCUCAUCGAAAAGGCCAUCCAGCAAAGCCUGGGCGCCGCCUCGGAAGACGUCCCCCAGCCUCAAGAGGCAGGUUCUUCAAGGCAGAAACAGGCGGCAGUUCAGGAACAGCCCCUCCUGGAUACGAAGGCCUCAGUUCCGGCGGAACAGGCUGUUACGCAAGAACCCUAUGACGCCGAGCUGCAGCGAGCCAUCGAAGCGUCCCGGCAUCCGCCGGCGCUACCUCCUCGGGAAAGCCCAACAGAAGAGGAUGAGUUUGAGCGGGCCAUUGCCGCUUCCAAGGAGGAGAUGGAGCGGGAGAAGAGCCAGAGGACGGAGGAAGAUGUUGUCCUCGAGUAUAUCAAGAAGCAGAGUCUGGCGGAGGAGGAAUACCGGCGGCAGAUGAAUAAGGGUAAGGAGAGGGCGCCCGACGAUGGGCAGGAAGACGAGGACCUGAGAAAGGCGCUGGAGGAGAGUCUCAGGAUGAGCGGGCGCGAUGGUGGACCUUCUGGGGCGUCUGGAGCUUGA